UUUCAUUGAUUAGAUAAUAGCUCCAUAUCACAUGUCGGAGCUGGCAGAUGAGACGGGGAGCGGCGACGUUUGACCUAGUUUGAAGGAAACGCUUGUCAUAUCUCCUCCUCAUCACUUCACAGCUCAUAGGUCUUCUCAUUCAGAAAGUUUGACAACUUCGCUGGGCUCGGGAUACCCGAGAUGGGCUUACUGCCAAACACGCAGGCUGAGCUCGAGGUAUUUGUCGUUUGAAGAAUUGGACAACUAGAACCAAUGUAAACUGUCGACAUUUCUAGUUCUCCGACAGCAAGACUUAGACUGGUCUAAGUGAGUGUAUGCACACUUGAGCAGGAAGAUGAUGGUAUCCUUAACUUUUAAGUUCGGGUUGGUAGGCAAACCUCAAGGGGUCCAAGUGUGACUGGAACAGGGGCUGAAGCUGCCUCCUGGGUCUUCACAACGUGAGAGAUGAGUGUGUGUUGACAUGGAAGCACAAAACAACAACCACCCUGCUUUGGACAAUCACAACAUCCUGUGCAUGCUUGCUGCUCAGGAGGAUCAGAGAAAUGUAUCAAGCCUUCAGUUUUUCUGCACUAUGGCAAACUUCCGCAUUGAAAAGAAGAUUGGUCGUGGUCAGUUCAGUGAGGUCUAUAAAGCCACAUACCUGCUGGAUGGACAGCUGGUUGCACUCAAAAAAGUUCAGAUUUUUGAGAUGAUGGAUGUGAAGGCUCGCCAGGACUGCCUUAAAGAGAUUGAUCUGCUAAAGCAACUGAAUCACCUUAAUGUAAUCAAGUACCUGGACUCUUUUAUCGAAGACAAUGAGCUGAACAUUGUUCUGGAACUGGCAGAUGCUGGAGAUCUUUCUCAGAUGAUAAAGCACUUCAAGAAAAAGCGACGGCUGAUACCAGAGAAGACGAUCUGGAAAUAUUUUGUACAGUUGUGCAGUGCCCUGGAGCACAUGCAUUCACGCAGAGUCAUGCACCGGGAUAUCAAGCCAGCCAAUGUGUUCAUAACAGCCACAGGGGAGGUAAAACUGGGAGAUCUUGGAUUAGGACGCUUCUUCAGCUCUAAAACCACAGCAGCACAUUCUUUAGUGGGAACCCCUUACUACAUGUCACCAGAAAGGAUCCAUGAGAAUGGAUACAACUUCAAAUCAGACAUCUGGUCCCUGGGUUGUCUUCUGUAUGAGAUGGCUGCACUACAGAGUCCAUUUUAUGGGGACAAAAUGGACCUUUUGUCCCUUUGUCAAAAGAUUGAGCAGUGUGACUACCCUCCACUCCCAUCUGACCAUUACUCCAAGAAGCUACGUGACCUGGUCAGCAUGUGCAUCAACCCAGACCCAGUCCAGAGGCCUGACAUUGUCUUCGUGCUACAGACAGCCAAACAGAUGCACAUCUGGACGUCCAGCACCUGAAUGCCACUUGGAGCCCACUCUGCCCAGUCUGAGGAGCUUGGCUGCAGCUGCUGCUUCAGAAACCAGCCCUGGCUUCCAGGCCAAAAUCUACAUCUCUAGCAAUGACUCUCAAACAAAAUCUAAGAGAUGUGUUUUAGUGCACUAAGAUGUUUUUCUGUGAACACUUCCAAUCCAUUUGUCAUGAUUGUGGUAUAGAGGCACAGCAGCAGAAUUAGCAUUCAGCAGGUGUGUUUUUCUAUGGCUGGUGUCUGAUCCUGUAGAAAUGUUUGUUCCUCUCAUCAUACCUUACAGUCAUUAGACUUAAGUUCUAACUGAACAAAUGAUUGGGGCCAAAUCAUACCAGUGAGUCAUACUUACAGACUGGUCCAAAAGUUAUUCAAAUUGGAUUAGAUUGUGAAUCUGCCAAAUGAGCUGUUUAUAAGUGAUGUUUAUGAAUUUCGUUCUUAUAAGCAGCAGAGAAAAUCCAGCCCCAUGCUUAGGAAGAAUUCAACAUUUUCAGCUUUAAGAAUUUAGUUUCUACGGACAACAGAUCCUGCCAAAAUUGAGAACCAAUAUAAAAAUAAAUAAAUGGCUUGAUAAAGUGA